AUGGAGAAGAGACGGCAGUGUGUGAGUCAGUCCCGCGGCGGACAUGGCCGGACCCGCUCCUUGUUUGGACUUGCCUUCUGGGCCACUUCCUUCUGCAUGCUCCAGGUCUGGAGGGCAGAUCUUGUUGCGACCACCAGCGCGUGGUGUCGCGGGUUCCGCCUCGCUCUGGACGGUGAAGCUCGGAGUGCCAAGCUGGCGUGCCGAGCUCGCAAAGCGGCCGCUGCGGCCAAAGCAGCUGACGCGGCCAAAGCAGCUGACGCGGCCAAAGCAGCUGACGCGGCCAAUCAGACCAAGCCGAAGAGACGAGGCCGCAAGGCCGCGGCGCCGAAGCCGCCGGAUGCCAAAGAUGCAGCCGAUGGCCCGGCGCCGCCUGCGCCAGAUCGAAGCUGGGAGCAGAAGCGAGACCAGAUGCUGCUGGUUGCCGUUCGCAUCGUUAGCCAUGGGGGCACCCAGGGCUCGGGCUUCGUGAUCUCCAACUCCCACAAUGGGACCUAUGUCCUGACCAAUCAUCACGUCAUCAGAGACAGCAUCCACCAACACGACCGCUGGGAUCCUCUGGCGGAGUCGUCAAAGAAGGUGGAUCGCUUCAUGCCUGUGACGGUGGAGAGCUUCGAUUAUGAUGAGCAAGGAAGGCAUCUACGCACAGUUCAAACGCCUGCCGACAUUGUGGCUUAUUCCAUGUACGGCGACAAGUGGUCCUUCGAGGGCGACUUGGCUUUGGUGAAGCUGAGAGCUCCCAUCACCAACCCGGCGGCAGCAGUCAUCGCCGAGGGCGACUUCGGUGAGGUGCGUGCCUUGGAUGAGAUCGUCAUGUUUGGCUGUCCCGACGCUUCGGAGCUGCCAUUGCCGACGACUGGUCACGUUGCAUCUCUGUCCGAGCAGCGCGCGGGCAUCGGACUGAUGCUCUCGCAGGUGUUUGGGAAUCCCGGCAGUUCGGGAAGCGCUGUCUUCCGCUAUUCGUCCAAGCAGUCGAGAUACGAGGUGAUUGCGAUUCAUUCCCUCACGGAUUCACGUGGCAGCCUGACGGACGUGGGCAAAGGUUGUUUCUUGCGGCUGGCCAUCCAAGCGCCAGAGAUUCACAAGUUCUUGAGGCUGCACAAGCUGGAGGGCCUUCUCGGGCUGGAGACCGGCCAAAGCAACGAAAGCAACGAAAGCAAGGCCCACCCUGAAUGA